AUGACCAGUCUGAGAUCAAAGGGAUGCAACUUGGCAGAGAUAAAACCGAACGUUUUGGCAUGCUGGGAUAAACUCGGACAAGAUGUAGGGGAUAAAGGUCACCCAACUGGAACGACUUGUGAACUCAGAAGGAAUCAUUCAACAGAAAUCGUAUUAUGUACUUCGAGGGGAUGGUCAAUCGUAAAAAGUGACUCUAAUUUAGACGGAUAUCACCACAGAAGAGAAAAACGGUUCCUUGGCUUCAUCGGCCGCGGACUACAUAAACUAGGAUGUAGUAUCUUUCACUGCCAUAAACGAGUUCGGGAUAAAACUCCUCCCUAUAUGGCUGGAGUGUGCAAUGGAGAUAUCCAUGCUACAGCUGAUAAAUAUCAAGUGACUACCAGAGUCAGCUGGCCGGAAAAUUUUGCAAAUGAUGACCGAGACGGACGUGUACGUACAAUAAUGGUCACUGGAAAAUCACCAGGACUUCAUUUCUGGGGCGUGACGGAAAUAGCUUAUAUAGCACGUGAUCGAUCUGGAAACAUGGCGACUUGUUCAUUUCAUGUUACAGUGAAAGUAAUACGAUGUCCCAGAAUUCCUCGUGUGCGUGAUGGUUACUAUAUCUGCCAUCCCAGUGACGACAUGCUUUAUGGGGCUGUGUGUAGAUUUGGCUGUUAUGUCGGACAUGAACUAGUAGGAGGAAAUACAGUGGUCACGUGCACUCAGUCAGGAACAUGGUCCGGGGCAAUACCUCGCUGUCAAAAGAUACAAUGCCCGCGUUUGCUUCCGUCGAAGGAACCUUCAAAGUAUAGCUGUACAGAUGAAAACAGAUUUCGGAGUAUUUGUACCUACAGUUGUUCAGAAGGAUAUGAUAUCACAAGUGGAAUGUCACGUGUACGUGUCUGUACCCGAUACAGGACAUGGAGGGGUGCUGAACCUAAAUGCACUGAUAUUGAACCACCAAAACUUUCAACAUGUCCUGGGACUGUUUACGCAUACUGCGGGAGAAAUUCUCUGAAAUCAUAUGUCGUUUGGAAAGAGCCUUCUGCAAAGGAUAACCAUGAUGGAGUAAUAAGUGUUACAAAAGAAGGCUCAGUAUCGCCUGGGGACAGGCUGUCUGCGGGCACUUACACAGUUACCUACAAAGCAAAAGAUUUGGCGGGAAAUAAGGCAGAUCCAUGCAAAAUGAAAGUGGUUGUGAAAGUCAUCAGAUGUCCUGAAAUAUAUCCGACCCCCUACCAAAGUGUUACGUGUCCCUCUGGAACGAGGUAUGGUAGCGGGUGUAGUUUUGACUGUGAUUUGGGAUCGACAAUUAAUGGUACAAACUAUGUCGUUUGUGAAAAAGGAGCAACUGGUGUUUAUGGAUAUUGGACAUGGGAGGGAAAUCAACCUUUCUGUGAAGUUAUACAAAAAUGUGCAAGAACACCGAAUGUACCUGGUCACGGUGCUUUAUCCUGUGAUAAUUGGUUUGGAGGAAAGUUCUGCCAAAUGUUUUGCAAGAAAGGAUACGAUGUUUCGCCUGGUAGGAAAUUUGAGGAAAUGUUAACGUGUGGAGAAAGUGGCAAGUGGCUACCGAGGACCGCUCUUCCUCUUCCUGACUGUUCAAGGUCAAUAUCAGCUAGAUAUGGAACAUAUGUGAUGUCUGCCUCGUAUUAUUUUGAGGGCGAUUGUACAAAACCGAAAACCAUUCUGGAACUUCAGGAAAAAUUCAUCCAACUCCUGAAUUCGUCGUCAUCCUUUGGUUUAGGUUGUUCACUUGCAGGAAACAAAUGCAGUGCUGAAAAUGUGCAGGUUCGAUGUGGAGCAACAAGACGGAAGCGUUCUGUAGAUAUGACAAUAAACUUUGAUCUGACUCUAAACUACGGCAAUUCAUCAAUGCAGUCUUUUAGCCAAACACAAGAAAACAUAUUCUUAUCACUUAAAGAAGCUCGGAAGAAAGGGGAACUUGAUAUUAUUUCGAACGUUACUACUAUACGCUUACAAAGCAUAGUGCAGCAUGAAGUGAAGCUAAUCUGUCCUUCAAGGACAGUAGCAUCGUCUCACACUUUUUCUUGUGUUGGGUGUAGUCCGGGAACAUUUUAUGAUAACGACACGCAAACCUGUCCACAGUGUGAAAAGGGAUAUUAUCAAGACAAAAGCGGUGAAGACGUUUGUAUACCGUGUCCCAGAAAUACAACAACGAAAUCAAUAGGAUCCAAGAACAUCGAAGAAUGCAUUGUCGCUUGUGAGCCAGGUAGCUGGUCAUUAGAUGGUACCCCAGAUUGCUCACAAUGUCCAGUGGGAACAUAUUCAGAUAAAUAUGGUGUUACCCUCUGCAAGAAAUGUGAACAUUCUCUCUCAACUGAAAAUGAAGGUGUGAAAGAAGAAUCACAGUGUAGAGAGUUUGACGUUUGGUUUUCCGGAAAGGAGAGUUCGGCAUCUUUAUACUUUGAAACAGUUCGAUCGCACAACAGUUUCAUUGUAUCAUCUUGGUUGCAAAGAGACAUGGAAUCGUUUAAUGCCUUCAGUUUGACAUUGAAUAGUUUACGGAAUAACCCAAGAAUCGAAUUGAAUUUAAAAAGAAAUGUAUCGCUUCAUACCACAAGGCAAAUAGAGUCAGAUGUAGUGGACAACAGGUGGCACUAUGUUAUUCUACUUAUCAGCGACGAGAAAGUGAAAGUAUACAUUGACAACGAUGUAAAGUGUGAGAUAAAUGAAAACAUAACUCUAAAAGCCAACGAAAGUUAUGAAGUUAAAUUUCAAGGUAAAGGAAAGGUCUCCCAGUUCAAUAUUUGGUCGGAAGAUACAGGAGAUCUUAGUGCUUCUUUACCAGAAGUAAUGGGAAUGAACAGUUCCUGCUCUCUCCAAAGGACUGGUGAUAUCCUUUCAUGGAAACAGUUCGAAAACAUUCAUUCCGAGACCACGUUCAAGCAAAUCCCAAGUGAAUGUGAUGAUUUCGACAGUUGCAAAUCUAAUCCAUGUAUCAAUGGAAACUGUCAGGACACGUUAGAUGGGUUUGAAUGUCACUGUCAUUAUGGCUUUUAUGGUGAGAGGUGCGAUGGUAACGUGGAUGAUUGUGCAGAAAAUGUAUGUGAGAAUAAUUCAACGUGUGUGGACGGCGCUUCAAACUACACCUGUCUUUGUAAGGAUGGAUUCAGAGGAGAUCUUUGUGAGAUAGCAAUGGUGGAUGGAGGAUGGGGGAGAUGGGGUCAGUGGUCACAAUGCUCUGUAACAUGUGGAAAUGGGACACAAAGACGAACCCGGUUUUGUAGCGACCCUGCGCCAGAUAACGGUGGAUUGCAGUGUCCGGGAAACGCAUCUGAUGUAAAUAUGUGUAGCAUGGAAGAAUGCACAGUUUGUAGUAAACUCUCCGUCACUGAACACGUCUUGAUGAUAUGUAGAAACAAUUCAGAAAAUACGAACUGUACACUAGCGUGCGAGGAGGGCUAUGAUUUUGAUCAUCUGAUAAAACCGUACUAUGUAUGUGGACCAGACACCUAUCACCUUUGGGAUUUCAAAACAUUGGAUAACCCCGACGGGAAACUUCCGCAAUGCAUUGAGACCAAAAAUAGCCAAGACAUGUCUUUCCAGUAUAGUGCAUCAUACAUUAGUCUUCUGUGCGAUACUGAUGGAAAAGCUAAAGAUUCAAAGACUGGAAUUCCUCAACUGUUAAAAUAUGCCGCAGAAGACAUAAAUUGUGUAGCAAAUAAAACAUGUUUACUUCAGCAAAUGAAUGUUGAAAAUUGUCACACACGAACUAAGAGGGACGCUGAAAACAAGACGGUUGAAUUUCAAAUGAAACUUGCCUGUGAUCCGCAAAUAUACAGCAGCAUGGAAUGUUAUAACAUUCUUCACGAUGCUUUGCUCACUCUGAUGAGAAAGACUCUGUCAAACAGUUUUAGCGCAUUUAUACAGGGUCAGCAAUAUCAUAUCCAACCAUCUUCUGCUCACGUGGAGACGUUCGUCAAAUGCCCAGUGGGAGCGGUAUCUGCCGAUAUCUAUUGUGUUGAAUGUUCCCCUGGCCGAUACUACAAAUAUGAUGAAUGUGUGAAAUGUGACUACGGAACAUACCAGGACGAGAGCGGGAAAUCAUCCUGCAAGGAGUGUCCCGAUGGAACCACAACUCCUGGGAGAGAGUCGAGAUCAAUCGACGAAUGUUCAGUUUUCAUCGCAAAGGAUAAGAAUGACAACUUGUACAUAGUUACCGGGGUAUUGUCGACAGUCUUAUGUCUUGCCAUACUUUCAGUAACCGUCAUCUUCAUUAGAAAGCGCUUAAGUCGAUUAAACAAAGAUGACAAUAAGAUCUUUUAUAAAGUUGGGAGCAAAACCGAUAGGGAGAAACCCAUUUGCUAUGCAAUGAGGACCCGACGACAAUGAUCCAAGGAACAAUACAGUUUUGAAUAUGCUACCCGUUAAUGUAUAUCGAUAUGAACCAGCUAUUGUGAUUCAUGCAUAAUGCAUUAUUAGUUCUUUAAGUUUUUAAUCUUUGUUCAUGUACCAUGUUGCAAUAUAGCACCGUGUUGCAAUGCUUAUUCUUUAUGAUUAAAUAUUUGAUGAUUUAAUUUUUAACAUAUGUGUGAAAACAAAUUAAGGCUUGAUACAGAAACCGCUUUGUAAUGAUGUAAUGAAAAUGAAACUCUGCUGCUAGACUAUUUGAAAGAAGAUGGUGUAAUCAAAUUUAACAAAUGUGUGAAACUCUUGAUUCGAUUGGAAUAUAGAAUUUUUCAGACAGUU